AGCAAGGAGGACUGUGUCGCGCGUCAGCUUGUCCUUACAGAAAAAAAAAGAAAAUUACAAGAAAAUGAACCCAAAUAUCUCCGUUUUCUGUUUAUCUCUGCUUUUACUGCUUCAUUUCGUAGGAGCCAAAUCCGUUUCGGAUCUACAGAGUUUAAAGCAGCUUCUAGAAGAGGAGAUCAACGCCGCGCCAUAUUACUCCUCUGAGGAGAUGGAGGUGGGGGGGAAGGAUGCACGCGCAGACAAGUCGGUGUUCGGAGCUCCAGAGCAGCACCCGUGGGACUCCUCCGACCCCGACAACUCGGCACUGGCUGCUAAACAAAACGACCCCACGCGUCUCUUCAAGGACCUCAUGAGGACCUCCAAGCGCUCGUGGAGCCGGUACAAGAAGGGCGGGCUGAGGAGCUGCUUCGGGGUCCGGCUAGAGAGGAUCGGGUCCUUCAGCGGACUGGGAUGCUGAAGCUGAAGGCGCGGACGACUCGGGGGUGCUCAUCUGCACAUCAGUGUGACCCUAACCAACCGCCGGGCUCCUCUCACAGUCACACGUCAAAGGGCGGGUACUGAAGUCUCUCCCGUCCAUGGUCCUCAUUCAGAGCUGUGAUUUCCGUUCCCAUAUGUAAACUAUUAAAAAAUAAAUUAUUGUAAAUGUAUUUAUUAUUUAUUUUUAUUUUUCUGUUGGAUAAAGUAGAGCUG